AUGGAGCCACAAGAGACAGAACUACAACAACAACUAGAACCAGACCUAAUAGUCGAACAAGAGCAACCAUCGGAUAUUUCCUAUUCACAUAAAAGAAAAAUAUUUCAAGAUCCUGAAACACUAGAACUACAAAUCUUUGAUGAUAAUGGCGAUGGACCGCCCCAAAAAUAUUUGGCAUUAGACGACGACAAUGAUAAUUAUUUCACGGAUAACGAAAUUGAUCUAAAUAACAGCAACAACAUCAAUAAUGGUAAUUUGAAGAAGGAACAUCAAGGUCCAAUAGCAUGUCAUCUACCACCACACUGUCAACGGCAUCCAACCGAAUUUCCAUCGAUUACCGCAUUCGAAAUCCACUAUAGUUCACAUCAUCGUUUCAUAUGUAGCGAAUGUCAAGCUGUGUUUCCGACGAAACGGUGGUUAGAUAUGCACUUGACAGAGUUUCAUGAUGUGUUGGCACAGAUUCGUAAAGAGAACGGUCAAAAAAUUCACCAAUGCUACGUUCAAGGUUGUCAAAAGUUCUUUAGUGCGCCGAAAAUGAGGAAAUUGCAUUUGAUUGAUAAGCAUCAUUAUCCAAAUACUUUUGACUUUGGGAUCGUGAAAUUUGGACAUUUGCCAUUUAAUGUUCGAAUAGCGGAAGAAGCAAAAAGGAAAAAGAAAAGGCAAAAUGAAAUGAAAAAUAAAAAUGAGAAUCCCACAGCAGAACCAAUUAUAACCAUCGCAUCCACAUCCACGCCUGCAUCAUCGGCAUCCGUCGAGAUUCCAAUUAGGAAUCAUAAUAAAAAUGAAGACACCGAUAAAGAUGUUGAGAUGUUAACCGAGUCGAUGGCAAAGCUCACUAUACCGACGACCAUAAAAUUUGGCCGAGAUCAAAUGCGGACUCGAUUGCCAUUCGCUGAACAACAGCUUCAAGGACGAGUAAUCCCGCAAGAUACAAAAGCAUCGAAACCGAAAUUCAUGUCGUCUUAUCAACCACUUCAACCAGCCAUCAUCACUCAAAGAAUUCAAACAGACGAUCGAGUAGAUUCACUCAAACAAGAAGACUUUGAAGAAUCAAAAAUUCACGCUGUUCCUGUCGACGACUUGUUGAAAUUAAACAAAAAUAAUAAACAGCAUCAACGACAGCAACUUGUCGCAGAGCAAAAAUUACAUGAUAACGACAUUCAGGACGACAAUGAUAACAACGAUGAGGAAGAUGGAAACGGAGACGAAAAAUUGGAUUAUCAUACGUUUGCAAUUAAAGUUGAUUUAAUCGAAGCAGAAUUGCAUUAUCGGCUAAAUACUCGUACUAUCAAAGCGGAUUUCAGAGAAGAAAAAGAAGAAGGGCAAGUCGUGAAAAAAUCAAAUUUGUCGUUCAUGUUUCAAUUCCAUACUUGCCAUAUUUCUCUGUUCUUGAAUGCAAUGAAGAAUGAAGUGAGAAUUCCGAUGACAGAAGUGACAGGAUUUGUACUUGUCGAUGGGCGAGUAAUUUCUGUACGAAUGUUGCCAAACUUUCAAUGUUCUUAUUAUUAUCAUCCUACAACUUUCCACUGCCCAAAUUCUUCUCGCAUGCCUGAAGAUCCAACUGGUGGCUUAAUGAAUGGCACCUUGUCAUUUCAACUUAAACCAUGUGAAUAUGAAGGUUCGAUAAAGUUGAGUAUUGUCGAAAUGGCGAUUAACAAAAUUUGGUACGAGCAGCAUAAAAUCAAGAAUGAACCAUUGGAUUUAGAUGACGUUAACGAAAAGAUUUACGUUACCUGCGUGACGCCAAUCUCUCAACGAAUCCUCUUAUUCCCAAAAGAUGGAUCUUUAAGAGACUUUAUUUCUAGUGUUCAAAGUCGAUUGUCCAUCACACCUUCUGUCAUUCAGUAUCGAAUAACAGGUAACGGUAAUACAUGUAAUCAGCAUGUCGUGCAGAGUGAAGAUCAAUGGGUUGAGGCGAAGCGACAAGCAGUGAAUGCUCAUAAUUUUGUUAUUCCCAGGUUGCGCGUGCAGUUGGAUUGA